GCUGUGCACGUUCGCGGUCUGUCGUUGCAACGCGGAAGAGACGAAGGAGGAAGGAGACGCUCCACGUCACUGAGGUGUAAUAUCGGCGUCAGUGCAACACAAGGUGCUACCUCAGUACGAUUCCAGUACCAUUGUAGAGCCCCAGACAUCCUCAUGUAGGAUUUAAUAAGUCGUGUGACCACAAAUCGAAGGUUUACUCCGCUGUUUCUGCUCUGAUCGGGCCUCGGUGGACACUCCAGGAAUCCGCUGAAGGGCGCCCCACCAUUUCAGCUUCUAGAUGGGUGAAUCGGGCUCACGUCGUUCCACACUCGUUUCCCGCCUGCCAAUUUUCCGCCGCAGCAACAGUAAGAGGCAGGAGUCUCUUCCUUCCUCUCCGUCCUCAGGUGGAGUGGGGAAUGGCGUCCACACCUCCUCGCCUUCCAGCACCAACUCCAGCUCUGGCAGCACUGGGAAACGCCGUAGCCUUUUUCGCACUCCAUCUCUCAGUUUCUCAGCUAAACGAAACAGUGAUCCACGUGUCCAACCUAUCAACCUAAACCUCACUCCUCCCCUGUCACAGCAGAGCACUGACUCAAAUGGAAAUAACCAGCAGACAAUAACGGCGUCAGCGUCCACAGGGUUCAGCGAUAGUAGUGGUGGACGCCCAAAAUCACGCCACUCAUUUGGGUUUGGCAGCCACAAGCAAAAGAAAAUAACACGCUCUCAGACUGAGGACUUUGAUAAGGCUUCCUCAUCUUCCUCCACAACCAAUCGAAAUGUGUUCAUCAACUGCAUCAGUGGGUCGGGGGCCAACGAAGGUGACGACUCCGGGUUCCUCGAUGACUACAGUGGUGGCAGUAAUAAUAACAAACGGUCAUCACGCCAGAAAAAGCAACUGCUGCCCAAGUCUUUCUCAGCUCACCACCGCUUCUCCCGCACAUCUGAUCACCACAGACCUCCAGAAGUGAAUCUGGAACCUCCAAGUUCUACCACCGUCACUCCAGGGGCAGGAGGACUCACCCCGGGGUCAUGGCCUGGUGAACUGCUCGGUGCCGGUGGUGAGAGCUCCCUCCAAUCCCCAAUGAUUUCAGAGGAUCGAACCACCGCCAUCACCCCUUCAGAGUUUAUUCCCAUCACAGAGGACUCUGUAUCCGAGGUGGAUGUGCUGCCGACUCCCAGCCCUGCUUCUGGUGUAGCCCCAGGACCGGCCUCUGAGCCUGGGCCUGCUGCUGACAGUACUCCCCCUGACCCACCACCUGCUCCAGAGAACUUCAGCGUGGCUGUCUCUACCUCCCAGGUUUUCUUCACUCCAGCCCAGUCCGGUGCUGAAAAACCAUUACUCCCUGAUACCAGCACAGCCAACAACACAGACUAUGAGACUGCCAUUUCCCUCUCAGAGCCAGAGACAGCUGUACCCUGCCUACCUCUGCAGGAACAAUCACUGGAAGAGAGGAAGGAGAGGGAGGAGGAAAGAAAGGAAGCGAGGAAAGAGGUGUCAGCUGAUAAACGGAAGGAGCUGGUCCAGGAGAGGAAGACGGGCUACCACACGGAGACCACGAGUGAGAGCGAGGCAUGUGUGGUACGCAGCGAGGGUUGUCACUCUAACCCCGAGCAGUCGGAGAGGAGGGCAAGACACACGCUCUCUGUUCAAGAAAGAGGAAGCUUCUGUGGCUGCCAUGAACCCAGGUCCUCUCACUUGAGGAAACCACAUACAGCUUCUCUUUGUAGCAGUGUCAGCCCCUACCAUGAGGUGAUGCGGAUGGAAAGGCGUCUGCGCUCCUCGUCUGAGGGGGCUGGUGGGCCUCGUAUCCAUGGUAACCACAGAGAUGCCCCGGGCUUGGAGGGAUGCGGUUUGCUUAAACACAGAAACAACUCCUCAUCAUCUAAACUGGGAAGUCUGGAUGUUCUAAACAACCUUGGUUCCUCAGAAUUGGAUGAGGAUGAUCUUAUGUUAGACCUGGACCUCUCUGAUGAUCAGCGACAUCGACAUGUGUCCAGAGAAGACUCCAGCCAGUCCCUCGCCUCCUGUCUCAACCUGCUCCCUUCACCUCUGGAUGCAACUGGAGAUCGCAUUGCGGGGAAAGAAGGCAAUCAAAGGGAACCCAGCCGUCCGACCAGCCUGCUGCCUGCUGACUGGAGCACAGGGCUGGUUUUAGGGAGGGAAGAUGACCCCCUGCCCCCGGGCCUUGAGACCCUUCCACUCAGACUGAUGCAGCAGGACUGCACUGCUGUCAAAACCCUGCUUUUAAGACUGAGACGGACACUGCAGGAGAGCACAGAGACAAGUCCUGCCAGCAGCCUCCAGUCUCUACCCAUUAGCCCUUGCAGCGAGAAGUCUCUUCCAUUUAAGGAUCCCAGUAGAGAAGAAGCGUUGCUGCAGCAGCUGAGGGAGAAAGAUGAGCUGAUUCUCAGACUCCAGAGUGAACUGGAGAGUGCCAAAGCUGCCCUGAAGAUGAAAGACUGCCAAAUGACUGACCGCACAACACAGACAGAACACAUGGGGCCAGAGACCAAUCAUCCAGGCCGGUGGUCAGGACUAGGCAACAGCAGCAGCCUGGCUCCAAGGGACCGAAGGGUAGUGCGGGGUUUGGGGCCAGCACUAGGAGGGGACCUCUCUAACCAGCACCUCCCCCACCACCACCUGCAUGGUCGGCCCACAGCUUCUGAGCGACACACUGCCAGGGAGGAGCGCCACUGCCAGGGGGUCUUGGCACAGUCCACAGUCCGUAACUCUUCUCUAAACCCGUCUCUAGGCUCCUCUAACCUGUCCUCUGUCACUUCUGCGUCAUCAGCCCAAGGUUCCUCCACUACAUCUGCCCAGCUUCAAGUUUCACACCUGGGCCUUAGUCCAAAUCAAUAUCCAGGCUCUGUUGUGGUGGCUGCUAAUCACACUCCAGUUCCAUCUCUGUCCUCCAAGCAGCCAGAAGGGGUGUCUUCCUCGUCUGAGUCCUUAACUCCAGGAGGAGGUGGAGUGAGUCAGUCAGGUGGGGUAAGGAGAGGAGGAGGAGAUCACCAUCCCCAGAGUCAUAUCCCUCGUGCAGUCGGGGCCAGCACUUCUUCAAGCCUCCACAGCGUGGCAAGCAGAGGAAGCCCCUCUCCGAGCAUCUCAUCGUCCGACCAGGCCUCCCCUCCACCUCCUACUCCGUCCUCAGCCUCCUCUUCUUCCUCCUCAUCCUCCACAUUUACCGGCCGUUUAGGACAGCCACCUCGAGGCCCUCUCUCUCUGCAUAGCUACAGUCGUAAAAACGUCUUCCUCCAACAUUCUCUACAUACUGCCGAACUCCAAGCUCUGACGCAGAGAGACAGUUGAGGGCAAACAAACAUUCACACCAUUCCAACCACUAGCAGCCCUUUCACAUCAACUCUAGUGACAACAUGUGUGGCUUUAAAGAAAAACUGCUGCUCCUUCUGUAAAAGUUGCUCAUGUUUCACUGCUCCCUCCUCCAAAUCAUCAACUACAUGCGCUUACAAUCACACUUGCUUCUCUUUGCAAUCCAGACCAGCCCUUUGGUGACAUUUCGUUCAUAGAUUUGCUCACUUAAACUCACGCUCAUAUGCUAGCACGCGCGCACACAUGCACAUAUCAGGCUGCGAGCGUGAAAAAAGGCACUCACCCGUCUAUCAGAACUCCCACGUUGUGUCAUGCUGACAGUUUAGAUGUGCUUACGCCCACAGAUGCACAAAGUGCAGCCAGACUCACAACCUCAUAUCCAUGUACAUACACAAAAGCAGGCAGGCACAUUUAAAGACACUCCGACACAAAGACGUCAUCUGUGAUAACUCUUCGCUUCAACAUCUGCACAAAUAACAGGGUGUUGUAACUUAGUGAAGAGAUGAGAUGUGUGCAUUGUCAAAGAUUAAUUUUAUACCCAUUAUUUGACCAUUUUUACCAGUGAAAACCAUUUGCUGCUUAAGGAACUGACCAUAAUUUACGCUUGUAAGGAUAUAGUUACUCUCACAUUGCCAAAUCCUGCAUCGGAUCAAAUCCUCCUUCCUUGAUGUCCACUAACAGAGGUCCAGAUGAAGAGGAAUUUAGAUAAACAUCCACAGCUACUAUCCUUUUACUGCAUGCUUUUUGAAAUUUAGGAAAAACAUACAGCUGAGCAUUUUGUACUGCAACAAAACUGGGGUUGGGGUGACUUUUAAAGGCUUUUCAUAAUAAUGUCUCAGUAUCAACUUUCAUCUCAGUGUUUCAGGAAGGGAACCAAACAUGUCAGAUAACCGCCAAGACAUUAUCCUGUUUGUAUGGUGUUUUGAGAAAGAAAUGGCUCUCCUGCUAACAUAAACAAUUAGAGAUGUCUGUGUAGGUUCUCAUUCAUCCAGGUCAUGGUUAUCCAAAGUUGUUUAAAUCAAUCCAGUGGACUUAAAGAAAGAACUGAAGAAGCCUCUUUGAUGAGAGGUGAAACGUCUUCAAGGAACUUUCUUUAAGUCCAGUGGAUUGAUUUAAGCAACUUUGGAUAAACAAUUAGAUGUAUUCUUGACUUAGCUGGGAUAGGCUCCAGCACCCCCCGCGACCCUAGUGAGGAUAAGGCUGUGUACAGAGAAUGGAUGGAUGGAUGUAUUCUUGACUUCAUAGUAGACCAUUGUUCUUUGUAGAAAUACGAUGUUCCAAUAUUACCCUUGUCAUAUAAAAGAAUCCAUGUCCACCUGCAAUGUUAGAAUAGUACAGUGCAGUUGAAAUGAAGAGUUUCAUUCUAAAAUGGGAUACUUGACACAUAUAUAAGCUGACAGAAGCAAAAAGUUUUAGACAGUGAGUUUGAACCGAGCAAGAUUUUCAUUUUGGCAAACUUAGAAUGAUGUCUUUUUUUUUUUCCCCAAAAAAGGGGAAAAAGUAUCACAUUUUGGAAUGAAUCCUUUUGAAUCUGUGUUAGGGCUGAGUAUUGAUCUGGGAUAUCUACUGGUGCUUUGCCAAAUGACACUGUCAGUAUCCAUGUUUAGGUUUCAGAAAGAAACAUUUCUGAAAUACAGGCAUUGCAGUUGACAGACAUGUUUUCUGUUACAAGUUUACUGAGGCAGUCAAUUCAGUAGAGUCUGAUUCAGUUUGGAAGAAUUAAUAAUAGAACAAGUUUUGCACAGACAGUUGUUUAUCAAGCAAACAGAAAAAUAUCAUUUUAUAAACUAUCCUAUAGGUAAGAAACCAUGAGUUUUUCCACUGAUGCCCAGUCCUUAUAUGCUAGCUUUCUUUUAUCUUCCUAGUCUCAGAUGUUGGUUAUAUUUUUAAACACUGACCUAACGAGAUGUCUGUCGCUGUAAUAAGGCUAGCAAUUAUGUUGGGUUGGACACAGGCAGAUACCUUUUCAGUAAAAUUUACAUUAAGUGUACCUGCCAUGACCUGCUGAGUCUUACAUUAUUCACACUUUUGGGACAAAACGUGUCACAAUGUAAUAAGUGAGAAAAUCCGCCUUUUUUACAACUGGGCUGCAUAACAACUUGUUCAGUCUGCUGCUGCUGAAUAAAUUUGCUCUGUUGAACUGACAAGACUAUUGAACAAUCCCAUCUUUCCCCACAGGCUUUAGGGUAAACACAUAUUACAUUGUCAGCCGGGGAAGUGGGAGUCUGCCCUGCUGCUGAAUGUGGGCGAAUAGUUCACAGUUCCCAGUGUCUACAGGCCAUGUUAGAUUGUGAAGAAGUUGUUGACCUUGCCUGUCCCUAAAUGGCACCUGGCUCCAAGGCGGUUGUGUAAACCAUGUGUGUGUUUUAAUGCACACCUCAUGAGGCAAAGACCUGGCAGAGGUGAAGAAAAGCCUCGAGGAAGGCGGCUCUGCUCCCGCCGGUGGAAGCUGGUGUCUGCUUUGCUUCGCUCCCCCUCUUUUAGUUCCUCCUUUUUACCCAUCAUCUCCUCCGACUCUGUUUGUCUCCACCCGGUUUUCUUAUUUUUUUUCCAUGUAUACACUCGACUUACUCUCCCUCUGCAGUGCAUUUGCCUCCCUCUGUCCCCCAGCAUCAUUCUCCACAGCAUCAAAACUGUAGCUGCUUUUGUUCCUCUCUUCUUUUUUUCGCCCGCUAUCUUCCUUUUGCGCCUCCUCCUUCCCUCCUCUAUCAUCUCCCAGGUCUCUCCUUUCUCUCUAUCUCUCUCCUCUGCCUAGCCUACUUACCCGGCGCUUGUAUUGUCAUUCAGUGUAUAUGUUACAGACUCUGUUGCAGUGGCUCUCAGUUCUGGGCAUUGGGACCUGCAGUGCUGCCGAUUUUCAUUCCAGCUUUCUAAUCAGGGAGUAAUUUUACACCUGGUAAAUGCAAUUAACUACCUACUAGGAUAGACGGGCAGCAGUAAUGCGGCUCCCGAGGACUUGGACUGAAAGCUGCAGCUGUACUGUGAAGUAAACAUUCCCUGCUUGGUUUGUCUACAGGUGGAGGGCAGCGAUGCUUUGUUGCUGCGAACCUCUUAAAGGAAUGCUGUUUGCAUCCUUCAUCGAUGCAUGCAUCUUAAUGCAGCUGACACGGUGGGAAAUGCUGUAAGAGACUAUUUAACCCUGUUUGCACUGCCCGCUCAGAUUUGAUUUUUUUCACCACGUUUGAUACCGCUGUACGAAUUGGGAAACGCAGAGGUAGACUGCUGGUUUUGUUACAUGUCAUGACAGGAGGAGGCCACGUCUGAGCCGGCAGUUCCAAAUGUGGCAUGCAUGUCUUCUACAAAGACAUUUUUAACUUCCAAACUGUAAACUGAUAGAGACUUUCACUGCUGGGAAACAAAGGUCCGCAAACUUCGGCACACCUCAUAAACCUCAGUUCUUCAUUUUUACCGAGCAGCAUGUUGCGCUUUUAAGACACUACAUUCCACCUGUUGGGAGAUUAUUUAUUGUUUUUUUGGUUUUUUUUGCCUUAUUUAUAUUUAUUGACACAGGAACAGUUUCCUGAAAAGCGUCUUGGCACUAAUGAAUAAAGAUAAUAGUCGUGGUAAUAAUCAUGAUGGAGAUAACAAUAAUAGUAAUCAUGUUAUUGUUAUGUUUUUAUUGAAUCACAGAUCGUAUGCUGUCGUAGCUCUUUAAGGUUCUUUGUGUACUUUUUUCUUUCCUUUCGAAUUGCUGUAAUAAUUAAAUUGUGUAAUUGUACAUAAAUUAUUGAUUCAUUGAUAUUAAUAUCAGUUCAUGGACAGUUUGAGUCCACAUAAAUGGCGGUUAAAUUAGGGUUCACUCACGUUGGUAGUUGCCACAAAGGAGUUCAAAACACAAUGAGAUUGUUUUCAUUGACGUGUCAAGUGCAGUCAGAGGUCCGAGUUAUUACCAAAGAGUUUCAGGCUACAGUUACACAACAGAGAGCAAAUUUGACAAAAGUAACAGCUGCCAUGUUAAAUUUUACUUGCUAAAGCCUGUUCACUUGUUCAUGGAUGUGUUCGGUUGGUGAUUCAGCUUUUUCCUUCUUUGAAAUCCCUCCUUUGCACUCUGGCUGUUUUUGCUCGAGAUGACUUUGAAAGACACGACUUUAUGAACUUGUGUGUCUGAAAAGUGGAUGAUGAUAAUCUUUUAAAGCUGCUUUUUGCUGUUCAGGUUGACAUCUACGUCUAAGUAUAUAAAGCUAUUGGGUACACCCAUACUGUGAAGCCAGUUCGCCUAUGAAUUCAUUCAACCUAAUCCACCCACACAAAUUUGGAGGAACAAAAAGAACUCUGUCUUCAGAGAGUUGUUUUCCAAUUUGCGUGGGCCUUCUAAUUUUAUCUCUUUGACAACAACUUUUUUGAAUGGGCUAAACUAUGGUUGAAAAUCCUUGCAGUGUAUGUUUACCCAAAGUAUUUCUCUUUAGUUUUUUGUCCAGCAUAGUUUUUUGUCACUGUCACAAUUGUUUGUUCACAUGAGAAAUGUUUUAUCAAAAGAUUUUUGUCCACUGUGUCCUUAUUGCUAAUAUUUAAUACAAUUAAAAUUGAUGAAAACAUUCA